ACAAGACUCUGCAAAGUAUGCCACAUCCAUGGGGCUGCCUGCCAGAGCUGGUGGCUUUUGAGUCAUCCAAGGAUUUGGGCUGGGAUUCACAUCGGGGUGUUCUGCUGAGGAUUGACCAUGGCAGACCCUGAACCCACUGAUCUCAAUGGCGAAGUGAAAGGGACUGAAAACAAGAAACGCUACAGUGAGAUUUUCCGGAGUCUGGAUGCCUUAGAAAUUUCAAUUGGAAAUGAAGCGGUUGAUAUGUUCGUCGAUGACGCUAAUGACAAUGGUACUGGAGUCUCAAACCCAGAGCCUGAAAAACUACAGUCGGAAGAAAGUUUAGCUAAGUGUGACAGAGAUGUGGAAGCAGAAGAACAAGCAAACAUAUCAGUUGAGGAGGCCGAUGAGAUGCUGAUCAAGUGCGACGGUGGUGUGGAAGCUGCCCUGGAAUAUGCCAAGAUGUGGUGCAAAUAUGUCAAGGAGCUGUUGAACUGGGUAGACAAGCGCCUUGCUUACGAGGUGGAGUUCGCAAAGAACAUCCUGAAACUGGCAGAAACUGGCAGAAGCAUCAUUUACCCACAGAGAGGGAUGCCCCUCCAGACUCUGUACACCAAGGUCAUGGAGCACGACAUAAAGGCAGGGAACCUAGCCCUCGAGACUGCUGGAAUUUUGCAUCUGAAAGAAUACUACCAGCCUCUUUGGGCCAAGAGAAACGAAAUUGAGAAAUGGCGGAAGGAAUUCAAGGACCAGUGGCAAAAAGAACAAAAAAGGAUGAACGAUUCCUUGUCCUCCAUGCGCAAGUCCCGCAUCCAUUACCUCCAGCGCUGCGAGGACCUGGAGAAAGCCAAAGUGUUAAGUGCCAAGGCGGAAGAAGAAUUCCAGGCUGUUGCAGGCAGUGGCAACAAACAACUGGAGAAACGCCGGCGUUACCGAGAUGAGACACAGUUAAAGGUUCAGGAGUCAGAAAUCACCUAUAAAGGCUGCGUCUCUGAUGCCAACAACCGCCGGCAGGAACUGGAGAAAGUCAGGGAGAGAAUCAUCUCGCACGUCCGUAAACUAAUGUACCAAGGAGAUGAGGUGCUGACACGGGUCACCUUGAGGAUGUUCAAACUGCUGCAUGGCAAAGCAGAGCUAAUCCCUGUAGGGUACCAGAACCUGAUUGAGUUCUGCAUGCCCUACAAGGUCGGUGAGAAAUACUUGGAGUUCAUUCAGAAGCUGCAGAGAAAAGAGCUUCCGGUGGAGGUGUACAAGUUUAAUGAAUUUAUACCCUCAGGACAGAGGUCACCCCCCAGUGCUAGGAGAAAGAACGCUGCACAGUAUUCCCGCAUCUCAGCAUCUGCUGCUGACCUCAGCAGCUCUUCAGAAGAAGCCUCUGGAAAACCAUCUUCCUCAAGCAGUGAGCAAAGUGCCAACAAAUCCUUCUACAGUGACACAGAGAGCCUGGGAGGGAGUACUGAGUGCCAGUCCUUGGAUUCACCCACCUCCAGCCCAGAUCUCAACGAUGCCUCUGAAAAUGGCUUGUCUCACGGCCAGUUUAAGAACUUAAUCCUGUCAAAUGCUGCUCAGACCCACCGCCUACGGAAGCAGCGGGUGCCUUCAAAAUGCAGAGAAUGUGAGAACUUCAUGGUUAAUGGCAUUGAGUGUGAAGAGUGCUUGAUGGCCUGUCACAAGAAAUGCCUGGAGAGCCUUCUCAUCAACUGUGGUCACCAGAAGCUGCCAGCACGAGUGCCGCUCUUUGGGAUUGACUUCAUUCAAGUGCCACGGGAUUUCCCAGAGGAGGUGCCAUUCAUUGUGGUGAAGUGUACCUCGGAGAUAGAAACUCGUGCCCUGGGAGUCCAGGGAAUUUACCGCAUCAGUGGAGCCAAAGCCCGAAUGGAGAGGCUCUGCCAGGCCUUUGAGAAUGGCCGGAGACUGGUGGAGCUCUCAGAUCAUUCACCUCAUGACAUCACUGGAGUCCUUAAACAUUUCCUUAAGGAGCUUUCCAGCCCUGUGCUUCCAUACAAGCUCUAUGAUGAUUUCAUGGCCCUCUCAAGGAGCUUGCAGAAAACUGAAGGUAGAACAGCGGAUGAUUCUGAGACAUGGUCAGAUCCCAUCAAGACCACAAAGGACUUACUGAGCAAAUUGCCAGCAACAAAUUACAACACCUUACGGCACCUCGUUGCUCACCUGUACAGGGUGGCUGAAAAGUACGAGGAGAACAAGAUGUCGCCCAACAACUUGGGGAUCAUCUUUGGUCCUACGCUAAUCCGCCCUCCCUCUGGCAAUGAUGUUUCCAUGUUAUGCCUCGUGGAGUCAGGAUACCAGUCCCAGCUGGUUGAGUUUCUCAUCCUCAAUUAUGAACGGAUCUUUGGGAUGGAUGACCUGCCUUCAGCUGGACUUUGUGAACGUGACGACUCUUUGAAAGAAACCAAUACCAGUGAGGCUCUUUCAAGCAGCGAAAGAGAUUUUGAGAAACUCCAUUCCAAGCUAUAUCUGGAUGAGGAGGAUGAGGAUGAGGAGGAUGGCGACGGUGAUGGUGUAGCUAAGGAUUGUUCUUCCACUGAGGCCAAGCAGAAGCAAAGAAUGGAGCAAACCCUCUGCUCUGAAACCAGAGACACCGUAGAGUUGAACAGCAAAGACAGCACCGAACUGAAGGACUCUCUCCUUGACCCAGAUGCCACUAUCAGCCCACAUUCCAGGGGACGCUUCAGCCGGAUGCCAGUGAAACAUACCCGCACCAUCAUUCCCAAGGUUUCCAGCCCGCCCCUGCUGGUUGCUGCCCUGUCUAACCCAGAGGCAGUAAGUGGCCUCCUGGAGCCAGGGAGAAGCAGCCGCAGUGCCUCGCCAGACACCCGUGGGAAGCGCAAGCACUUCGAGAUCACCCCAGAGACUGCUAGGAUCGUCUCCAAGUUCCAUUCUCACAACGAAAGUCAAGACAGCUGUCAAGCUGAGCUCGGGAUACCACUCCAGGAAAAGCCUGUGGAUGGACUAGAAGAAAGCAAGACUGAGUCUUGAGCAAUCAGGGCUUCCUUUUUAAGAAGCAAAGCGGACACAGGGCAACCCCCCUGCCCCCAACUUCCUGGAGACAAUUUGGAAUGGCCAGAUCAUCAUUCUCCAAAACCAGAAUAUGAUGGUCUUCGUCUCUCCGUCAACCUAACAGUAUGCUUGGAAAUGGGAAAAGAAACAACCGUGGGUGUUUCUCCCACAAGUAAUGAGGGUGCUUCCAGAUGGAAGGUUCCUAGCAUUACCCAUUAAAAGACAUUGUGCAGCUAUUCCGUCUUUUCCUCCUUAGUAGUUAUGUUUUUGUGGAAAGAAAAAGGACAAGAACUGGUGGGAAACCCAGGCGAUUUACAAGUGGAACAAGUGGACCCCCUGUAAAAUUCCAUGAAUGAGGCACAAUAAAAGCCUUGUCUGGGAACACCCUCAGACGGACGGGUCUUCUUCCAGAUUUAACUACUGCAUUCCAUCAGUUUACAAUGUCUUUGCAUAGCUCUCCCCAAAGGAAGGGGACGAGCCGGGACUUGGAUGCUGUAAGUUAUAAAGCCAGUGGUGCAGGAUCCUCAAAGUGGGGCUGAUGCGUAGAGUCUACCUCCAAGGAUUGUUGAGGUAGACUGUGAUGGUUCAGGUAAAAUCUGGGGUUGUUGAAGGUUGGGUUUUCACACUAUGUUGGGUAUGAUAUGUGGCUGUGCUGGGACUACAUGAUGAGAGAUUGGAGCAGAGCAAGGCUGCAUAUAUCCUGAGGUUACAAAUAUCAGAAUUGUUUCCAAGAAAGCAAAUGUUUUUAACUUUUCUUAUUUUCCAUCAUUCUCCCUUUUAUUCCUUUUUUUUUUUUACUAUGCGUAAUUUAUUCUACACCUGCUAUUUAUGUUGAGAGAGAAAGAGCUACAAAAGUCACUGAAGCACCACCCCUGAUCUCUGGAAUACUUAUAGUGCCACCCCUCUAGUUUCUGAGAUUUCAAAAGGCAU